CACCCAGUAGAACCCGGAAGUGGCUGCAGUUCAUGGGCUCCACGUGGGUGAGAAGGCAGGAUGGGGAGCCCGGAAGCGCUUCCCCGCUUCAAGUGUCCGCCGGACUUUGUUGCCAGCUGCUUUGCCCCGGGACCCCCUUUCUCCCUUGAGGUACUCCAGGACCCUUCGAAGGAAGUCCUUCUGAUCCGAGCCCCAGCCAACUUCAGCCCAGAAAGCUUCGAGGGGCAGGCGCUGCCUCUCUCGGGCUCCCACACCGUCAAGCUGCCCCAACCCAACGGGGCGCAGAAGGUCUUCGGCAUCCAGGCCGCUCUGGGCCGGCCGCCCAGCUCUGCCCGCUUGCUGGUCCCCUCGAGCCACAGCCAGGACCGCCUCUCUUGCGCGCCACCCUUCGGAGGGUCCUUGACCAUCGCGGAGCGGCAUGGCGACCCCGGCGCUUAUCCGGUGCUCUUCCUGGCGGCCAGGCAAGCGGCCCCGCAAAUCCCGGAAGGCCUCAAGCAGCGCUUCGUGCCGUUCGGGGGGCAGAAGAAGAGACCCGCCUUGGGGGACGCCGCAGAGGGGGCCCCGCGGAAGAAGCAGAAGAAGAGCAAACGCCGGUUGUAUACGCCCGAGUACAUGGGGGAACCCCAGGAAGAGGUGCCCGAAAUGGAAGAGAAUGGAGAGGAGUCUUUGCAAGAGCUAAAGAGCAGCAACAUCCUGGCUGCUUCGCAGGAAUCGUCGCUCUCGGCAGAGGAUCCAAGCCACAAAAGGAAGAAGAAGAAAAAGAAGGUGAAGGAGGAGCCGACCGAGAGUUUUCUAACAGAGGCUGACUCCAUAACCCAUCAGCCUCAACCCGAGAUACCUUUGGACUCUCUAACCCAGCAGCCUGGGUUGGCAUUGGACUUUGAGGCCUCUUUGGAAGGAAAUGGUGAAGUUGGGGAAGAGAAGAAGAGGAAGAAAAAGAAGAAGAAAGAACAUAUGGAGGAGGCCGACUCUGUAACGCAUCAGUCUCAACCCGAGGUGAUUUUGGACUCCCUAACCCAGCAUCCUGGGUUGGCGUUGGACUUUGAGGUCUCUUUGGAAGGAAACGGCGAAGUUGGGGAAGAGAAGAAGAAGAAGAAAAAGAAGAAGAAGGAACAUAUGGAGGAGGCCGACUCUGUAACGCAUCAGUCUCAAUCUGAGAUGCCUUUGGACUCUCUAACCCAGCAGUCUGGGUUGGCGUUGGACUUUGAGGUCUCUUUGGAAGGAAACGGUGAAGUUGGGGAAGAGAAGAAGAAGAAGAAAAAGAAGGAAAAGGAACUUAUGGAGGAGGCGCCAAUGGACAUAAAGGAAGAACCUGGCUUGGAAGAGUCGUUGGAAGACGUAGCGAAAGACUCUGGCCAUAAGAAGAAGAAGAAAAAGAAGGAAAAGAUGGAGGAAGAGACGCCUCCCGAGCUGGGAAAUGGGACUGUUUUGGAGAUGGCUUCCAUCAAGGACGAGCCUAACGAGCCUGCAAACGAAGAACCGUCGGAACCAAACGUUCCCAUCCACAAGAAGAAGAAAAAGAAGAAGGUGAAGGAGGAAGAAGAAGAAGGAGGGACGAAACAGACGGAAGGAACCGCGUUGAUGGAAAGCAGCUCCUUAAAGGAGGAAGAGACGCAAAACUUGGAGCAAAACAUGGAAACGCCGAGCCAAAAUCACAAGAAGAAGAAGAAGAAGAAGGAAUGCAAGAAGGAAGAGGACUAAAGCCACCACGUUUCCCAGAAAUGACCUAGAGUUUGAUUCCUUGGAAGAAGAGACACUCUACUUCUCUAUUCAUCCUUUACUGCAAAAUUUACUUAGGAAAAGCCUCCAAAAUGGCUGAAAAAACGUCGGCCUCGUCGUACACGGUGAACUAUAUAUUAUCCAACGGCAGUGAAGAUCCCACCGCAAACAAACAGGUCCUAUCACAAACUCUGGAUUAAAUAUGGAACUUGGAAUUCCAA